AUGAACAAGGACAUCAAGCGCUGGGUUCAAGCCUGCAUUCCGUGUCAGCGGACCAACGUUCACAGGCACACCCGCCAUCAUCCUUCUCCGUUUCCCGCGCCAGACAGCCGCUUCGCUCAUAUCCACAUCGACUUGGCUGUACCGGUACCCGACGCCACUGCAUCCACACUUGCAGCAGCCCCCUUGAACACCUGGGUGUCGCGCUUCGGAGUACCCUCUAUCAUCACGUCAGACCGAGGUCCCCAGUUCGAGUCCGCCCUCUUCUCUAGACUCGUCAACACACUGGGCUGCAAGCGGAUUCGAACGACUACCUACCACCCGGCGUCAAACGGCCUCGUUGAGCGCUUCCGCCGACAGCUCAAGGUUGCCCUCCGGGCUGCUCCUGAAACACCCUGGCCAGAAGUCAUACCGCUCGCGCUCCUGGGGAUCCGUUCCACCUUCAAAGCUCACAUGGGCUGCGCCGUCGCCGAGAUGGUAUACGGCACGUCCCUACGCCUCCCCGGAGAUCUCAUUUACCCGUUGCCAGGCAGCGCUGCUCUUUCAUAA